GUCACCUUUCACUUCCGGGUUACGUCACACAGAGGACGACAUUGUAUCAAAUGGCACUCCAGUUUUAGUGGAUUGCUUUAUGCUAUUUCCCAUGCAUUGAAGGCUACGAAAGAGGCUAUUGUUUUGGGGGACAUGUCUUCCUCUGCUGCGGGUUUCAAGGAGGAGGUGGAGCGGCGAGGAGCACAGGCACCUUUGGGUUUGGCCUACAUUCCAACGGAAGAGGAGAGGAAACUUUUAAAAGAGUGUCGCCAGGAGAGUUUAUAUUACAGAGAGUUGCCAUUUGCUGUGGUGAGCAUGGCAGUCACUCAAGCCCUUGUUUCCAGAGGGUUUCUCUCUGCAUCUCCAAGGUUUGGGGCUUUUCCCAAAGUGGCCUUUGCUGGCUUCUGUGGCUACAUGGCAGGCAGGAUUUCCUACAUAAAAACGUGUCAUGAGAAGUUCAAGAACCUGGAGAACUCUCCUCUGGCAGAUGCCCUGAGAAGGAAACCAGGACUGCUUCCACAGUCUCCUCAGUCAGAGCUGAGCGACCCAAACAGCCAGAACUUUGACACCAUGUUCCAGCCAGCAGAGGGCGUGACCCAGACAUCAGAACAUGGAUAUGGGUUUAAUCAAGAAACACCCUCUCAAAUGAGGAAUGAAGAUGCACCAGUCCAGACGUACAUGGAAGAGGACAUACCCAAAAGGAAGGCCAUCCUCUAUGAGGACUUGCGGCUCAAAAACCGUGAGAAUUAUGAAGUCACGCUCACUCAAAAGGCAGAGACACUACCUAAAACGCCACCCGAGAAGGACCAGGAAAGACCAACAAAAAGCGUGAAGAAAAACAUCUAUGGUGAUACCUGGGAGGAAUGAGUCCUGUUUUCCAUGUAGAGCAUUAAAUCUUGUGAAACUCAGCAUCUCAGUGGCUUUCCUGAUCCAAAGGGACUCGUAUGUCAUCUGAGCAGCUGAUUAAUUUGUCUUUACAAAAUUGUCAAUUAAACCAAAGUGCUGAUGUGCA